AACCGGAAGUAGUCAUCCAGAAGCUAGCAGUAGCUUUUGACCAUUCAAUAAGCUCAAAGCUAGCAGUUAAAGGGAGCAAGAGUCUUCCUUUCACCACUUAACUUGAUACUUCAUUCACUCGAGUUCUUGAAAAGAGUGUGCUUCGCAUUAAUUACAGAAAGUCAUGGCUGCGGAUUGGUUGGGUAGUUUGGUGUCAAUUAACUGUGGGCCAACAUUGGGAGUCUAUCAAGGAGAGGUGGUGUCUGUGGACCAGUCCAGCCAAACCAUCUCCUUAAGACAACCUUUCCAUAAUGGAGUCAAGUGCCCUGUUCCUGAGGUCACAUUCAGUGCCAUUGACAUAAAGGAACUAAAGAUUUUAGAUAUCAGAAAUGGCAAUGUUAGGAACAGCUCUUCUUCAUCUACAAAGGUAAGCAGUGCUCCAGUUGCAGUCCCAAAGGGUGACCCCAGGUGUGUGGAGAAACUAAACUCUCCUCAGCACUGCUCUAAAAGCUAUGGAGACCGGCAUCUGGAUGUACCUGGCCAGCCAAAAGGAUUUCGUCGAAGACACAACUCCUGGUCAUCUAGUAGUCGAGGGGCAAACCAAGUGACACCAAAAAAGAACGGGGUGAAGAAUGGUCAGAUGAAGCACAGAGACGAUGAGUGUUUUGGGGAUGGCAUGGAUGAUGGGCUGGAUACAGACUUUGAUUUUGAAGGAAACCUGGCUCUUUUUGACAAAGCAGCAGUUUUCUCAGAAAUUGACAUAUCAGAACGCCGUAAUGGUGCAAGGUCACGUGGGACACCACAAGAGCAGACACCCUCACGGUACCGUCAUGAUGAAAACAUCCUGGAGGCCAAACCUAUUGUGUACAGACAGAUUACUGUACCGCAGCCUGGGGCCAAAGAGUACUGCACUGACUCUGGGCUUGUUGUACCAAGUAUAUCCUAUGAACUACACAAGCGCCUGUUGUCAGUGGCUGAGCGUUAUGGUCUCUCACUGGAGCGAAGACUUGAGAUGACCGGAGUAUGUGCCAGUCAGAUGGCACUUACAUUGCUGGGUGGCCCCAACAGAUUCACUCCAAAAAAUUUACACCAGCGUCCCACAGUGGCUCUGCUUUGUGGCCCUCAUGUUCAGGGAGCUCAGGGCAUCAGCUGUGGUCGUCACCUUGCCAAUCAUGAAGUGGAGGUCAUCCUGUUUCUGCCCAAUUUUGUCAAGAUGCUCGACUCAGUCACCAGCGAGCUCACACUCUUCAACAAAACUGGCGGUAAACAGGUGUCAAGUAUCAAAGACCUUCCAGACACCCCAGUGGACCUAAUCAUUAACUGCCUGGACUGCCAUGAGAACACAUUCCUGAUGGAUCAGCCUUGGUACCGAGCAGCUGCAGACUGGGCUAACCAGAACCGAGCGCCAGUGCUUAGCUUAGACCCUCCUGGUAGUGGACAGGGGCCGGCAGUCGAGGCCAAGUGGUCUCUCUCUCUUUGCCUCCCCCUUCCCCUGGCUGAGGGGGCUGGCAGGGUUUACCUGUGUGACAUAGGUGUUCCUCGCCAGGUGUUCCAGGAAGUGGGAAUCAAGUACCAUUCUCCUUUUGGCUGCAAAUUUGUCAUCCCCUUGCACUCUGCAUAAUGGGACUAAUGGUCAAUCUUUCACCCUCCACGACCAUUUUGGUUUUGGCGCCUUAUAUUCCAGAGUAAUCAGCUGUUUUUCAGUUCAUCCAUUAAGUUUCUAACCCAUCAACAUGUGAACGGGACUUUUCCCUCAUAUUGACGGACCACUGUUUAGUACAUUAGUGCACUUAGUCCUUGUAGAACUGUUCAAGUGUUCAGUUUUAAAUUAAAUAGGACAAUCUCUGACUUAACAUGGAACAUUUCUGAAUGUCACUGUAAUCUAACCUCAUUCCAAAACCAUCUGGUGAAUAAACAGAGAUCCACCAUAUAACACAUGCAAAUGCGAUGUUGUUACAUUAAUAUGGAUGAGACAACAGAAAUCCAGCUUACAUUGGUGUUAAUAUUGCUGAUGACUUUGCUUAUAGCCUGCUGUACUCUGCAGCACUCAGUUACUGUUAUUGUUUGAUGUUUUAUUAGGAUUGACAUUCCAUCUACGCAAAUGUGGAAUAUUUGCCAUUUAUGUGAGUAAUGCUGAGUUUUCAAACUAAACCAGUGUUGAAUGGGGCAGCUACUGGAGAGAAUCCAGAAAUCAGCACUUUUGUUUGUCCAUGGUAAAUUAGGCUGUGAUAAGGGCUUUGAUAAGAUGACGCAGCAUGCAAAACACCUAGCAAUCUUGCCUUUUAAUGGGGGGGUUGCCAACAAUAUGUGGGAACAAUAGAGAGCUGAAUUCAUGACGUUACGUCCAGGCUAGCCACUGUUCCACUAGCUUCUGUAACUCAAAGAAACUGAAACCUUUUUGACUUUAACAAAGUUAAACAAUGAUUACUUUGUGAGCAUAGAAAAAACAACAAGCACGACAGUGCGAGAUUAGAUAGUUUUUCAAAAAAACUACCAUCUUUGUGUAAACACAUGAAGCGAACAAAACGACAUACUGCCGAAUAGUCUGUUCCAAGGCUGAAUUUCUAAUUAUUAGCGUUGUUACAAACGACAAUGACAUUUUGAAUGAGGUUUUCUUACUUCUGGAAUAGAACUCAGAAGUUCCACUUUCACUUCGGCUCUCUAUUGCAUCGGUUAAAGGACCAUACCAGAGUGUUUGCAAGUUUCAGUUCCUUGACUACAAAUCAUGUAUAUUUAACAUUUGUGCUGAUCUUGUUUUAGAUGCAAACUACAGUUUAAAAUGUUUUGAUGUAUUUUUCUGUUGGUUUCCAGUUAUUACUUUCCAGUACAAAAAUCAAUUAGAAGACUCAUGUUGCUGACCCAUCACAGCGAACAUCAAGUCUGCAGAAGUUUUAGUCAAUGUUACAUUAUUAUUGUGAGGUUAUGUAGUUUAAUCACAGAUUUCAAAAGUCUGCACUGCAUUACGCUGACGAAAAUUAAUGCAUACUUGGCAUUGUCUGUGAUUGACUAAAAUUUCAAGAGUGUUCUAGUAGAUUUUUAAGUUGUAUGGCAAUGAAUAGAAGCCAAUGGAUGCCUGGAAGACAAAACAGAUACAUUUAUAAAGCACAGUAGCAUGCUUUGCAUAUGGUUAGUUGGAUGUCAGAUUUAAGUGAUUGUAAUAAAUAAGCUAAACACCACUGGUAUGGUCCUUUUAGUUUCAAUACACAUUAUUGAAUUUUUACCUUGCAGGUUCAAAUAUUGACAGUUUUUUGAUCAAAGUUGUGUUGGUUUAAAUGCUCUGUAUAUGUGGGAUUUAAAGGGGUGAAUUCUCUUUGCUGAUCUAAACUCACAAUGAUCAAGAUGCAACUUCCAGCACUGAGAACCCUCUUUGAACCACUUAGAUUUGGUCUUUGUGAUGGGAAAUUGUUGAACAUUUUUCAGUUUUCUUUUCAUGUACUCCCCUUCAUGAUGUUAUGGAGUGCGCUUGUUUAUGUGCUCGACCAUUAGUGGUAUUUACCAUGAUACUAAAGCAUAGAAAUAUAAUUCAAGAAGAGCUGCUUGUUUUGUGCUGCUUCUUGAGGCCUUGACAGAGGGGUUGUACUGUCAGAUAUUUUGGAUAAUGAAAUUCAAACCCUUUGCUUGUUCUUUAACAUUUAAUUUCAAAUGCAUCCAGAACAGAGGCCGUUGUGUUAAGUUCACCAAUCUUUACUGGGCGUGCAUAUUGUGCACAACAACAUGUCCUUAAAUCUUGUAUCAGUGUAGUCUAGAAAAGGCUGAAUUGAAGCAGUUCACAGCUGCAGAGAUUACAAAGCAUGUAAUCUGGGAAAUGGCUAAUGGUAUAUGGUACAUUAACUUGUUAAUGUCUCAGGAGGAUUAAAAAUACUUUAUAUUUGUUGUUUUUUCUCUGUGCACAUCAGCCUGUGCAGGGUUCAUACGCUGAUUGAAAAUUACUUUCAUGCACAAAGGUUUUGUCCUUUAUCCAACAUUCCUCCGGCCUGAUGUGUUAUGUCACAUCUGUUGAGACAAGUCUGGCUCGGAAACAUCAGCCCGCGUUACUGAAUGUGAACAUAAGAUGCGUUUUGUUUCUCUGUGGCCACCAGGGGGCCAUGAAAACCACUUUGUGGCUCUUCCUUAUUCUGCUGUAAUGGCAGCUUUUUGUACUUAAUACCAUUUCCUCAAAGAAUAGUGUUAUUUCUCUACGAAAUGUGAACAAUCAGAAACCAUGUGGUGAUCAGGCGUUUGACAGGAAAGCACCUGUUUGAAAGUGAAUUUGUUUAAACGCAGGUCAUUAUGCUUCUUUGGGAAUUAGUUUAAAUGUUUCAAAUUCUCACAUCUGCGCCAGAUGUUUAGUGUAUGUGAGAUCAGCUUGCAGUUCAGAAAAAAAAUCGCAUUAAACAGCCAGUGGGAGGUUUUUGUCUAGACAGGACAACUGUUUCCGUUUUGGAGCGAAGUUCACUGUCGCAUAAAUACUGUGCAGUCCUCUUGUGUCAUGUCUGCAGAUUCAAACAAUAAAACAACUUUCAUCACUGCUUUA